GGACAGUAGGCGGUGGAUGGGAGAGCUGGCGCAGCUGCUGUGGUGGCAGCGGCUGAAGUGGCGGUGGCUGCGGCGGCCGCUGCAGCUGCAACAGUUCCGGGCUCGUGGCUUUGGCGGCGGCGCCGGAGGGCUGGGCUGCGCGGUGCGGACCCCGGCGCGCGGUUCGGGUUGCUGGGGCGGCGCAUAAGAUGCCACUGAUGGAGGAGUUUCUAAGAAGCACCUCUGGGCCAGUGGCUUUGAACUGGAGCUCAAAGCAGAGACUACUUAAAGCUCUGGACAUCACAUCCUGAGGGCUGUAGGAGAGGAGAACAUGGCCGUGAGUUUAGAUGACGACGUUCCCCUCAUCCUGACCUUGGAUGAGGGUGGCAGCACCCUACUGGCUCCCUCCAAUGGCCUGGGCCAAGAGGAUCUGCCCAGCAGAAAUGGAGGCAAAUAUGCCGUCCAUGACUCCUGCACCCCCAGUCUGAGCUCAGGGGGUGAGAGUUCCCCCUCCAGCCUCACCGGACACAACUGGGAGAUGAAUUAUCAAGAGGCAGCAAUCUACCUCCAGGAAGGUGAGAAUAACGACAAGUUCUUCACCCACCCCAAGAAUGCCAAAGCGCUGGCGGCCUACCUCUUUGCUCACACCCACCUCUUCUACCUGAUGGAGCUGUCCGCAGCCCUGCUCCUGCUGCUGCUGUCCCUGUGCGAGGCUCCGGCCGUGCCCGCGCUCCGGCUGGGCAUUUACGUCCACGCGACCCUGGAGCUGUGUGCCCUGAUGGUGGUCGUGUUUGAACUCUGCAUGAAGUUGCGGUGGCUGGGCCUUCACACCUUCAUCCGACACAGACGGACCAUGGUCAAGACCUCUGUGCUGGUGGUGCAGUUCGUUGAGGCCAUCGUGGUGUUGGUACGGCAGACGUCCCACGUGCGGGUGACCCGGGCGCUGCGCUGCAUCUUCCUGGUGGACUGUCGGUACUGCGGUGGCGUCCGGCGCAACCUGCGCCAGAUCUUCCAGUCCCUGCCGCCCUUCAUGGACAUCCUCUCGCUGCUCCUUUUCUUCAUGAUCAUUUUCGCCAUCCUUGGUUUCUACUUGUUCUCCCCUAAUCCUUCAGACCCUUACUUCAGCACCCUGGAGAACAGCAUUGUCAGUCUGUUCGUCCUUCUGACCACCGCCAAUUUCCCAGAUGUGAUGAUGCCCUCCUACUCCCGGAACCCCUGGUCCUGCGUCUUCUUCAUCGUGUACCUCUCCAUCGAGCUGUACUUUAUCAUGAACCUGCUUCUGGCCGUGGUAUUUGACACCUUCAAUGACAUCGAGAAACACAAGUUCAAGUCUUUGCUGCUACACAAGCGAACCGCCAUCCAGCACGCCUACCGCCUGCUCAUCAACCAGCGGGGGCCUGCCGGCGUCUCCUACAGGCAGUUUGAAGGCCUGAUGCGCUUCUACAAGCCCCGGAUGAGCGCCGCGGAGCGCUAUCUCACGUUCAAGGCCCUGAAUCAGAGCAACUCGCCUCUGCUCAGCCUGAAGGACUUUCAAGACAUCUACGAAGUUGCCGCCUUGAAGUGGAAGGCAAAGAGAAAUAGAGAGCACUGGUUUGAUGAGCUUCCCAGGACAGCAUUCCUCAUCUUCAAAGGAAUUAAUAUCCUUGUGAAGUCCAAGGCCUUCCAGUAUUUCAUGUACUUGGUGGUGGCAGUCAACGGGGUCUGGAUCCUUGUGGAGACCUUCAUGCUGAAAGGUGGGAACUUCUCCAAGCAUGUGCCCUGGAGUUACCUCGUCUUCCUGACUAUUUACGGGGUGGAGCUGUUCCUCAAAGUAGCCGGCCUCGGCCCAGUUGAGUACUUGUCCUCCGGAUGGAAUCUGUUCGACUUCUUGGUCACAGCGUUCGCCUUCCUGGGACUGCUGGCUCUGGCCUUCAACAUGGAGCCCUUUUAUUUCAUAGUGGUCCUGCGUCCCCUCCAGCUGCUGAGGCUGUUUAAACUGAAGCAGCGCUACCGCAACGUGCUGGACACCAUGUUUGAACUGCUGCCGCGGAUGGCCAGCCUGGGCCUCACCCUGCUCAUCUUUUACUACUCCUUCGCCAUCGUGGGCAUGGAAUUCUUCUGUGGCAUCCUCUACCCCAACUGCUGCAAUGCGAGCACAGUGGCAGACGCCUACCGCUGGCUCAACCACACCGUGGACAACAGGACCACGGUGGAGGAAGGCUACUACUAUCUGAACAACUUUGACAACAUCCUGAACAGCUUUGUGACCUUGUUUGAGCUCACAGUUGUCAACAACUGGUACAUCAUCAUGGAAGGCAUCACCUCGCAGACCUCCCACUGGAGCCGCCUCUACUUCAUGACCUUCUACAUCGUGACCAUGGUGGUGAUGACUAUCAUUGUCGCCUUCAUCCUCGAAGCCUUCGUUUUCCGCAUGAACUACAGCCGCAAGAACCGGGACUCGGAAGUUGACGGCGGUAUCACCCUUGAGAAGGAAAUCUCCAAAGAUGAGCUGAUUGCUGUCCUGAAGAUCUACCAGGAGGCCUGGGGAGCCGCCUCUGACAUCGCCCAGUUGCUCAAGAUCCUCUCCCAGAUGGAGAGAUACGAGCAAAAUACCUUGGUGUUUCUGGGACGGAGAUCGAGGACCAAAAGCGAUCUGAGCCUAAAGAUGUACCAAGAGGAGAUUCAGGAGUGGUACGAGGAACACGCCCGGAAGCAAGAGCAGCAGCGACAACAGCUCAGCGGCUGCGUGGUCCCCACCACCCCGCAGCCUCCAGGCAGCCGCCAGCGCUCCCAGACCAUCACCUAAGCCCAGCCUGCAAAAGCCAUCUCUUCUAUGCAAUCACACAAUAGUAUAUUUUACU